AUGACAAGAAAGUCCCAGGUCAUCAAGCUUCUCGCUGCAAUUCUGGUCAGCGUCCACCUCGGCAUCUGGUUUUCCCGAUAUCGGGACUUGGGUGUCGAGUUCCAAACCCUCCUUCCCGACUUUCGUACCCCUACAAAUGCUUCAAAUCGCCUCUUUCCACCAUCAGAACUGUGUCUUGACAGCGAAUGUCUCCGAGGGCAUUGGAAACGUCGGGAUCCCCCUUUCGAUUCCUUAGCAAGCUUCCAGGCAGAGCUUGCCGCUAAUUCAUCUUCCAGGUGGCAUCGCUGUGCGGUUCCACCUCCUCCAGAAGGUGUAACUCGAACCGAGGAGGAGAUUCGUAGGUUGGAACAAGACCGACUCGUCGAGCUCAUGAACUGGGUCUGGGAGCCCGAGAGAGGAAGGAUGGUACCCUAUGAUGCUGAGGAUUUUGUCGUCAAAUUACUCCAGAGGCCAGCAGGAAUCAUAUUCAUCGGGGAUUCCAUUUCAGCGGCGCAUGAACACGGCUUUGGCUCUCUUCUGGGAAACUCUGGUAUUCGCUUCAUGUCCGAAGUGGACCACCUUCCCUUCUCAGGCCGACCCCACCUCAGGCAACAUAUUUUACGACCAGGGGAGCCCAUGACCCUCAAACUACAGAGGAGGGCAGGGGUCCCAGAUUCACGCCUUCGCUAUCCGGUUUUCACGAUUAUCGAGGAUCACAUGUUGAUCCACGAGCCCGAAAUACGACGGAUCACGGAGAAGUUUGGAGCGUCGUCCCAGUAUCAUUGGUAUCAUAACUUCAAACGGGUCGAGGGGUGGGAGGACUAUGUGAAAGCGAUUUCGAGACCGAGGGUGGGAGAGGAAGACACCGUGACUGGUGACACGAUGCUAGUCAUGAACGCGGGUGCACAUUGGUCCCGUGCGGAAUUAGCCAUGCUUCCAAGUAGGGAAUCUGACGCCGCAGAACAGGAACGAGUAACGGCGAGCUACCGGGAAAUGAUGAGACUACUUGUCGACCGUCUAUCACCCAUCCCUAGGCUAUCCGUCUACUACCGAUCAACAACGCCAGGGCAUCCCAACUGCGGAAGCAAACCUGUCCCAUAUUCCAACUAUUCCGCAGCGGUAGUUGGAGAAGAUAACCUCGUCGUGCAGCUUCUAAAGCCCCUCAAAACGGAUCAGGAUCGAAAAUCGAAGAAACGAUGGGACUGGGACUUGUUCAAUGUUCACAACCAACUUUGGCGAGACGAAAUUAAGAGGCUGCAAGCGCUCCAAGUCGAAGGAGACGAAAGUGACGAAUCGAAAGCCCGGUGGUUCUUCCUCGACUUCUGGGAGAUGACAUUGCAAAGGCCAGACGCCCAUUCAGCACCUGGAAUCGAUUGCUUGCACUGGUGCUUACCAGCGGUGCACAUGGAAUGGACUUACUACCUAUACCACAUGGUUUAUCUGCAAAGCAUGUAUUAG